AAAAAAAAAAAAAAAAAAUCAAUAUCAAAACAAUAAGACUUUUUGUUCUCUUUCCAAUUUUUUUUUUCUCAAAGAGUCCUAUUUUCUGGAUUUUUAAAUACCAAAACUAUAUCGAGAAAUAUUUAAAAUGGACGCAACUACUCUUCUUGCCAACACAUUAUCAAACGAUCGUGCUUUACGUGAGGAUGCCGCUCAAAAGUUAGAAUUAUUCGAAAAAGAAAACUACUCAAGUUAUGUUGUCUCUUUGUGUCAAAUCCUCGCCAGCGAGCAUAGCGAUGAUUCCAUUAGAAUGUCUGCUGGUCUUGCUUUAAAGAAUAGUUUGACAGCAAAGGAAUUUGCUCGUAAAGAAAUCCUUGCUCAAAGAUGGGUUUCAACAGCUGAGGAACUUCGUGCUCAAAUUAAACAAGGUGUUCUUCAAGGAUUAAGUUCACCCAAGAAGCCUGUUGGAAAUAUUUCUGGUCAAGUAGUCGCCGCUAUUGCCGAAAUCGAAUUACCUUUGGGUGGUUGGCCUGAUUUGAUUCGUAUCAUGCUUGAUAACAUCUCCACAGAUAAUGCCACAUUAAAGCAAUCUACUUUGCAAGCUAUUGGUUAUGUCUGCGAAGCUACUGAUCCUUCUGCACUUGCCAGUCAAUCCAAUGAAAUCUUGACUGCAGUUGUACAGGGCGCUCGUAAGGAAGAACCCAACCAGGAAGUUCGUCUUGCUGCUAUUAAUGCUUUGAUCAAUUCUCUUGACUUUAUUAAAGAGAACUUUGAGCGUGAGGGUGAGAGAAAUUUCAUUAUGCAAGUUGUUUGCGAAGCUACUCAAAGUACAUCCUCCGAUGUCCAAGUUGCUGCUUUCCAAUGUCUUGUGCGUAUCAUGCAAACCUAUUAUGACAAGAUGCGUCUUUAUAUGGAAAAGGCAUUAUUUGGUUUGACUGUUGCCGGUAUGAAUAAUGAGGAUGAUCGUGUUGCUUUACAAGCUAUCGAAUUCUGGUCUACCGUUUGUGACGAGGAAAUGGACUUAAAGGAAGAAUUACUCGAUGCCCAAGAAGCCGGAGAGCAACCCGAACGUGAAAGUUAUCACUUUGCUGAAUUAGCCCUUAGCGAUAUCCUUCCCGUUCUUUUAUGGAUUCUUACUAAGCAAGAGGAAGAUUAUGAUGAGGAUGAAUGGACUGUCUCCAUGGCCUCUGCUACAUGUCUUUCUUUGUUGGCCCAAUGUGUAGGCAACAUGGUCAUUGCUCCUGUUGUUCCUUUCAUCGAAACUAACAUUACAAGUGAAGAAUGGAGAAACCGUGAAGCUGCUGUUAUGGCCUUCGGUUCUAUCUUGGAUGGUCCCGAUCCUGUUGUUUUAACUCCUUUAGUUGAUCAGGCUUUACCUACCCUGAUUCAAAUGAUGAGAGAUUCUGUUGUACAUGUAAAGGAUACAGUCGCUUGGACUCUUGGCCGUAUUUGUGAAUUGCUUAUUCAUUGUAUCAAGCCUGAGGUCCAUAUGAAUGAGUUGGUUUCUGCUCUUGUGUAUGGUCUUCAAGAUAGUCCCCGUAUCGUCGGUAACUGCUGUUGGUCUUUAAUGAACUUGGCUGAACAAUUAGGUCCUAGUCCUGGCGAUGAGGCACCUACAUCUCCUCUUUCUAUGUUUUUCGAAGGCAUCAUCACAGCUCUUUUACAAUUCACCGAAAGAUCCAACAACGAAGCCAACUGUAGAACCUCUGCUUAUGAGGCUAUUUCCACACUUGCCAUGUAUUCUGCUAACGAUUGUAUUAACACUGUGCAAAGAAUUGUUUUAACCAUCUUGGACCGUUUAGAGGUGACGAUGGCUAUGGAAAACCAAAUUCUUGAUGCCGAUGAUAGAGCUAGUCAUUCUGAGUUACAAUCCAGUUUAUUGGGUGUCUUGACCAACUGUAUUCGUCGUCUUUCAAGCGAUAUCAGUCAAGUUGCUGACCGUAUCAUGACAGUUGUACUCCAACUCUUAAAUAACCAAUCCAAGCAAGCCACAACCACUGAAGAUGCCUUCUUGGCUAUUGGUGCCAUGACUAGCGCUCUCGAUGCCAACUUCAACAGAUAUGCCGAAUUAUUUUUCCCUAUUCUUUGCACUGCUUUACAAAACCCCGCUGAAUACCAAUUGUGUUUCAUUGCUGUAGGUCUUAUUGGUGAUAUCUGCCGUGCUCUCGGUAAAGAUGCUGCUCCUUACUGUAACAGCUUAAUGCAACUGUUGGUUACCAACCUUCAGUCUGCUCAUCUUCAUCGUACCGUCAAGCCUGCCAUUCUUUCUUGUUUCGGUGAUAUUGCCUUGGCUAUUGGUGAGUUAUUUGGACCCUACCUCGAAGUUGUCAUGAUGGUUUUACAACAAGCCGGUGGCAUGCGUGCUGAUAAGGACAACUAUGAAAUGAUUGACUAUGUAAAUACCUUAUACGAAGGUUGUGUUGAAGCAUAUGUGGGUAUUGUCCAGGGAUUAAAUGAGACACCACAAGCUCAGUUGUUAUUACCUUUCUUACCUCACGUCUUUGAGUUCAUCCAUAUGAUUGCUGUUGAUCAAAAUAGAACUGAUACACUCACAAGAUCUAUCAUUGGUUUAUUAGGUGAUCUUGCCAAGACAUUCGAUUCACAAUUAAAGACUUUCUUCCAACAAGAUUGGAUCCCUGCCUUGUUACGUGAGGCACGAACAAGUCGCCAUUAUGGAGCUAGCACCAAAGAAACAUCACGUUGGACAAAGGAGAUGAUUAAACGUGCAUGCCAGUAAUCAUAUAGUUUUUUAUUACAUUUUUAAUUACCUUUGCCUGUUUAUUAUUUCCUCUUUUUCUUUCAACUCCAACUUUUUUUUUUUUUUUUGUAUUCAUAACGACCACUUUUACAAUAACACACACACACACACACACACACCUUUUCUACCUACCCCCCUUUUUUUUUUAUAAUUAAGCGCAUCUAUUCUUGCCAGCUCUUCUUCCCCUUUUUGCCCCUUCACACACACACUCACCCCCCACCAAAGAUAUAAAAAAAACCAAAAGACCAAAAAAAAACAGAAUAAAUAUCCCCCAUUCACAUCCCCAUACACAAUUCUACAAGCUAAACUUCCCCUUCCCUCCCCCCCCCCCAUUUUUUAUACAUAAAAUCAUUUUGGAUUUC